GUGGAGUGGAAUCUAGAAGGAAUGUAUUGGAAGGGGCAAUGUAGUACUAUAAAAAAAGAAUUGGAAGUUGGACACAAGAUGGGUUCCCACUUCGCAUUCCCAACAUGCUGGAUGGAAGGGAGGAGGAGGUCAUAAAUAGGCAAGGACAGAGACGCAAGUGAAUUGAUUGAGAGGCUUAUUUGAUGUUAGAAGCAAGAAAGAUUCAAGAACAAGACCCGUUGUUUUUUUAUUGAUUCAAGAUGGAAGCACAAAAUCCUCAGCAUGGGCAUCCGGUUGAAAUAAGCGUGGAUAUUCUUGAUGGAGAGAUGAGUGGAGGAAGCAAGGGAUGCGGGGAAGCACCUUGUGGAUUUUCAGAUACUGGAAAUAACUCCAAGAAUGCCAAAGAACGUUCAGCUUCAAUGCGCAAGCUCUGGAUAUCCGUGGCACUUUGUAUAGUCUUCAUGAGUGCUGAGGUAGCUGGUGGCAUCAAAGCUAAUAGUCUGGCAAUCUUGACUGAUGCUGCACAUUUGCUUUCAGAUGUUGCAGGCUUUGCUAUCUCCUUGUUUUCUUUAUGGGCAGCUGGCUGGGAAGCCACACCCCGCCAAUCUUAUGGAUUUUUUAGGAUUGAAAUUCUCGGUGCAUUGGUUUCCAUGCAGCUCAUCUGGUUGCUUGCAGGGAUUUUGGUGUAUGAAACCAUUAUUAGGCUCAUCCAUGGUACUAGUGAGGUAGAUGGGUUCCUUAUGUUUCUUGUUGCUGCAUUUGGCCUUCUGGUGAACAUCAUAAUGGCACUUGUGUUGGGACAUGAUCAUGGGCCUGACCAUGAUCACAAACAUGGGACUGGCCACAGCCAUGGAACCACAGUUAGUACUCAUAACCAUCAUCACGUGGAGCACCCAAAACAUGAUGACAAUCAUCAUGACCACUCGAACAAUGAGCACCAUCAUGCUCAUGAAGAUCAUGUUGAGCCGCUGCUGGAUAAAGGGGAAGCGAUGCAUGAAAAGAAGCAAAGGAACAUAAAUGUACAAGGAGCUUAUCUCCAUGUACUUGGGGAUUCCAUCCAGAGUAUUGGGGUAAUGAUCGGAGGUGCAAUUAUAUGGUAUAAGCCUGAGUGGAAGAUAAUUGAUCUGAUCUGCACCCUAAUCUUUUCGGUUAUAGUUUUGGGUACAACAAUCAAAAUGCUACGGAACAUACUUGAAGUCCUGAUGGAGAGCACUCCAAGAGAGAUAGAUGCUACAAAGAUUGAAAAGGGUCUGCUGGAGAUGGAGGAGGUGAUGGCUAUCCACGAACUGCAUAUAUGGGCCAUUACCGUGGGCAAGAUUCUCUUGGCUUGUCAUGUGAAAAUCAUGCCCGAAGCAAAUGCAGACAUGGUGCUAGACAAUGUGAUCAGCUAUCUCAGAAGGGAAUACAAUAUAAGUCAUGUAACCAUCCAGAUAGAGCGUUAGCAGAGGUAAAGGAAUUUAGUAGUUGAAUCUGGGGCGUGAUGUUUCUGAGAGUUAUGCUUUUUCUAUCACAUGAACGCAUAUACUGUUCAUAGUGAUUUUUAGGUACCAGGUAGAAAUUGUCAUCUUUGAUGUGGCCAUGACCGCUGUUUGGCUUCUGGUAUUGUGAAUUUACAAGUAGGUUUGGUAUGUAUAGUUUCUUCAAUCUUUUCUACCGCUCCAUGUCAUACAAGUUUAUAAAAACAUCCAUAUACAUGCAAUAUUAACAUAUACUCUGUAGCAAUUAACAGUUAAAUGCUGGGCUUUUCUAA